GGCCAAAGGACUGGUAGAAGCAUUCUUCCACGUUUACCUUGCAUUCUUUUAAAUUCUCUAAUGGAGUUAUAUCCUGGCCUAAUUUUGAAGACUUUCUGCGCAGAAAACAUCUUUUGGUUUGAACUUUAAGUGACUAGCUGCCUUUUGACACUGUAAAAGAAAAAAGGGCACAUUCUGAAAACCUACUAAUGCCACAAAGACAUUUUUCUUAACUGUAUUUUCCAGAUUUAAAUAUCAUCCUUUUUACUGCAUCGGUGUAGAGAUAAAAAGGACAUUGGACAAAAAUUCCCUCUCCAAAGGAAGACGCCUGCAACUUGCAUAGCUCUCACCAUCUAUUCAAGAAGAUUUGGCAUAAAUGAGAAAUUCAACAUGUGUUCUUCAUCCAUCGAUAGCUACUACUGUAGCUCUACCAGUCAUCUACUCCCUCCUAUUUAUUACUGGAAGUUUUGGAAACAUUCUCACUGCCUGGGUGUUUUCAAGACAAGCAUCCACGAAAAGAACACAAUAUAUUUAUCUUGUAAAUCUCGUCACUGCUAAUUUACUUGUAUGUAGCACUAUGCCUUUUCUGGCUGGCUAUUUUGCAAAAGGGCACGAAUGGACAUACAGCUCUGAUGUAUGCAGAGCAGCGUAUCACCUUGGAACUACCGUUAUGCAUGUCUGCAUGUACGUUACAAUUACGAUUUUAUGUACGAUUGCUUUAAGUCAGUAUGCAACACUGAAGAAAAAUAACAAUGCACGACACUCCCCAGCAGUUACAAAAAGCUUGUACAAACGUGGACUUCAAAAGUUUCGUCAGCCAAAGUUCGCUAAAUAUUUCUGUAUCUUUAUAUGGCUUAUUGUGUUGUGCGCAACAAUAACAGCUAUAGCAUUUGAUGCUCAGGCAAGGAGGGAGCAAAUAUUUCACACGUGUUAUAACACGAAGGUAGAAAUUGGUGAAUUUACUGCAAAGACUGCAGCUUCGUUUGCUACUGCUUGUUUCUUUCUAUUUUUUCUAACAGUUUUGUUAUCAUACUAUUCCCUCACCAGACACCUGAGUAAAAUACAAAAAAACACCCACUUUGGACAAAACCAUAUGAUUUAUAGAACAGUGAAAAGAAACAUUCUUGUCAUCCAGAUAAUUUUAACUGUCUGCUUUCUUCCGUAUCAUAUUUUCAAACCCAUAUUUUAUGUACUGCUUCCAGAAGAAGACUGCUCAAGGAUAAACUAUCUAGUAGAAAUUAAAAACUUCCUUACUUGUCUGUGUGUUUCUAGGAGCAGUAUAGAUCCAGUUAUGACCCUUCUGAUAGAUAAAACAUUUAAGAAAAGUCUAUAUAGUCUGUUUAAAAAAUCCAUACCUGACCACCACCAACGCAGAGCUGAUAUUUUCACUGAAGAGAUCCCACCAAUGUGAAGUAAUAUGGAAAGAUGUUAGUAGAAUAUUACUAAUGGUCAGCUCAUUUUGACUUGCUAUAAUGAGACUUUUAUUUGAAAUGGGAAAUAUUUAAAUAAAAUGGUAAAAAAUACAUUACUUGUAUUUUUUUUAACACAGUCUUGCUUUUAAAUCAACAGCAGCCAUAAUAAAUGAAUUCAUGUAAUUCGUACAAUGAACUGUGCAUUGCCACUUGACCCCAUGUAAAGUAAAAUACAUUUAUGUUUGAUG